AUCCACGAUAUAGAUGUCGACUUCACGACAGUAUAAAUUCAGCUGCUCAUGGCUCCAAGACACCUACUGACAGAUGUUCAGUUCCAACUCAUUCCUAUUCAAUAAAGAAGGUCCACCCAAAACGAAGAAUGCUGAAACUCCUCGCCCAACCCUUCCACCCGCUCACUCUCCCCGCACCCACCUCCUUCGCCAACCAAACCCUCCUCAUAACCGGCGCCAACACCGGCGUUGGCCUCGAAGCCGCCCGUCACGCACUGACCCUCCACGCCGCAAAGGUCAUUCUCGGUGUCCGCGACCUGACCAAAGGCGAAGCCGCCAAAGCCGACCUCCUCAGCACGACCGGCGCCCACCCCAGCCAAAUCGACCUCUGGGCCCUAGAUCUAGCCUCCUUCGCCAGCGUCAAAGCCUUCGCUGCCCGAGUAGAACAAUACUUCCGGGAUGGGCAAGGGAGGAUCGACGUCGCGAUCAUGAACGCGGGGAUGGCGUCAGGCGAAUGGCAUGUGACGGAGGACGGGUGGGAGCGGACGAUCCAGGUGAACGGGCUGGCGACGGCGUUGUUGAGUCUACGGGUCUUGAACGUGCUGCUUGCGCAGGCGAGAGAAGAUGAAACGUUGCUCUCGCAUUUGGUGAUCGUGGCGAGUGAUGUGCAUAUGUCGGCGGGGCUUUUGGAGCGUUACCAGGAGAAUACUCUGGCUGCGUUGAAUGAUCGGACGCAGUGGGAGAGGUCGGCGGCGGCGAACGGCCCUGCGGAGCGGUAUGCGGUGAGUAAGUUGCUGGGUGUGUAUAGUAUGCUGGAGUUGGCGGAGAUGGUGCCACGGAGGGAGGAUGCAGCGCGCACGCCGUGGGUGGUCGUCAAUGCGGUGACGCCGGGGUUUUGUAAGUCGGAGCUCCUGACGAGGGAGAAGGCACCGGUGGUGCUGCGGGUGAUGCAGUGGUUGACUGGGCGGACAACGGAAGAAGGGGGCAAGGCGCUUGUUGAUGCGGCGGCGAGCGAGGUGGAAUCCCAUGGGGGGUGGUUGGAGAAUCAGGCUGUUGCUGAUCCGGGAGAGAUUGUCACUAGUAAGGAGGGGGUCAGGACAAGGAAGAAGGUGUGGAGGGAGAUGUUGGAGGUGCUGCGGAAGGUCGAUCUGGAGCUGCCUAGGCUUUGACCAUGUCUUUGACUGGCGGUGCUCAGGGCUUGGGUGGUACA